AUGGCAACAUCGUUCUUCAAUCCGCAAUUACGAUUGCUCAAUGCCCUUCGAGCCGGUGCAAAGCCGGUUAUGACCUUCUUAGGGCUUCCGUCCUUCCGCACAGCACAGAUCGUAGCUCAGACCGGUGUCGAUGGUAUCAUAAUUGACUGUGAACACGGUAACAUCAGCGACGAUGCCAUGCACAGCUCAACGGCUGCCAUCGCCGCCAUGGGCGUCUCGCCGCUGGUCCGGCUCCGAAUGACCCACCCGGAUCUCAUCAAACGAGCUCUCGAUGCAGGGGCGCAUGGCAUCGUCGUGCCCAUGCUCAACACCGCCGACGAAGCCCGGGCGGUUGUUGCGCAUGCGAAAUUCCCGCCGCAGGGGCUGCGAGGGCAGGGAUCCGCAUUUCCCGCCAUUGCCCACGGCAUCGACCUGCCGACUUACAUCAAGACGGCGAAUGAGACGCUCAUCACCUGUGUUCAGAUCGAGACCAAGUUGGGGGUGGAGAAUGUGGAUGCCAUCUGUGCUGUGCCGGGUGUUGAUAUGAUCUUCAUCGGCCCUAAUGACCUGGCUCUAUCGGUCUUGGGCUAUGUCCCUGCUAAAGGUGAUGAGCCGGAAUUUGUCGAGGCGAUUGAGAAAAUCCUGGCUGCGGCCCGCAGGCAUGGUAAAUGGGUCAGUCGAUUGUCCAACAACGGGGCUUUAUGUAAAGAGCAUCUAAAGGUGUUUGAUACGGUGGCGUUGAGUUAUGAUAUUCGGGCCAUGCAGAACUGGUAUACCAGUGAGUUGCAGCUGGCGAGAUCAUGA